CCCUUAUUCUCAAGUGUAUUUUUUAUGCCGUUUGUUGUGGUCGUACAACGUGUACGUCUUCUUUAUUGUUGUGGUUCGGGCAGAUCGUUCAGGGUUCUUGUACCACCAGAAUCAAUUGUGCAAAGUAUAUUUUUGGUCCAGCAAUGUCUCUUUGUUCUCCUAUCCACUUAUCUCUGCCACAGUGGGACGUAGGCUCACGGAAAAUCCGCUUUAUGUACUUGGUCAAUUUGACGUCGUUCAGACUUACAGCGUGUCCACACAAGGCUCAAAUGAUUCCCCUUUUUUUAGGAGCUGACGUAUUGUCCAGCACUGAUGUCCGUACAGAGAACCAUCCAAGAUACCAUGCAAAGUUUGCAAAGAAAGGACUGGCUACAAAAAUCCAAUUUUCAUCUGAAUUCAGGUUUUAUGGAUUGAAGGUUCCCACUGCAAACAACAGCCUUUGGUUCUAUAGCAUUCAAGGACUUUUUCGAGUAGCUUUUGAAUUAUACAGUAGACAAGAGCAGCUUGCCGUGCUUGAGACUUUCCAGGAAAUUUGGAAAACACAAAUCAACGACAGCUCUCUGAACAUGACGUACAUCCUCAGCAGGCAGCUGGACUUGGCUGUGCCCAACAAUAUGUGUGGUGCAGAAGCAGGGAAUGAAAUAUCACAACCUCAGCAUAGCCACAUUAACGAGGAGUUGAUAGUCAUAAAUAGCAGCGACAUCAGUGAUGGGUCAGCAGAUCAUGACUAUUGUUCUUUUUCCAACCAGAGUUUAAGUCUAGUUUUAUUCUAUGUGAAACAAAAAAUGCAACGCUUGGAUGAUAUCCUUUCUUCAGACACGCAGUCCCACUUUGAGAAACUUGGAAAUGUGCUUCUGUUAUUGGAAACCUUAAAUAAGUACUUGAAUGGAAAUUUGGAUGAAAAGGAUGUGACACAAAGUGUGUUGGCCCUGCUUCAGGCCAGAGACUGGGGCUCACUGUAUUCAGGUUCCCUGCACAGUUCUUUGGGACAGUGGCUGGGCCAGGAGUUUCAUGCAGCCAACAGCAGUAUAAGCCAGAAGGUGGAGAGCUUUAAAGUUCAACACAUUGAGAGAAUAAGUGACCUACCACCUGCUGACGAGCUUGUUACAGAACUUUUCCCAGAAGCCAUGCAAACACUACUGCUUCAUUGGAUGGGACUGAGUAAGGAAUCCGCUAUGGAUAAGAGACGUAGCGAAUGCCCAAUCCUGCUCCUCAUCCUGGAGUUUGCUAACCACAAUCUCAUCACUGGUGUUGCUCAUGUGCUAUACUCAAGUCUUAUAUGUAAAUAAAGGCCACAUUGGCAUUGCAAUUAGACAACUGUGCAUCUUUGCACAGACCAUUCGAUUGCAAAGUCAUUCAGUAGUAGCAACUAAGAGCUGGUUGAGAGUUCUAGUAUUUUUAGGCACUUUUAAUCAUCAGGACCCUUGGUGCCACAGGGUGUUUUAAGGCACCUAAAUGUUUAAUGCAUGCCUUCCCUGAAAGACAAUUUCUUUCAUGGAAGGUAUGCAUUAAACAUUUUGAAAAACAAGCUAUGGAACCAAUCACUUUAGACAGCUGAUUGAGGCAGGGUAUGUCCUGAACAGUUUGCUAGACAACUGUAGGGUCACAUAGAGACAACCUUUCACUCUCACACCCGGGUCAGUUUGCCUAAUGUCAAAUCUGUAUAUUUUUGUGACUAAAGAAAAACCAUGCCCACAUGGGAAACAUGCAAAUGAUAUCAAGAAACGAAAAGACAAACCUGGCAAAGAAUGAACUUCCUAUUGUAAGGCAAGUGCACUAACUACUACUGCCUCCAGCUCAGGAAAUGAAAAUAGUAUUUGAAGCAAUCUUCAAAAACCAGCAAAAUAACAAUUAAAACCUGGUUGUGGUUAUAUUACCACAGUAGAAACUUUAUGAGAUUGAAAUGUAAAAAAUCACAUUGAGAAGAAGUCUGAAACGGUGUUAAACACAAAACUAAUUUAUUUAAACAUUUGAUGUAAGCAAUUACUUUCCCUAGUUCAAAUGACUCCCUGAACAGGUACUCUAUGAUCAGUGGCAGUCACAGCCAGAAGAAUGACUUCAGCACUCUGGUUAUGACAUUGACCUCAGACACAUUUUGCUAAAUGGUUGUAAACAGUGUUCACUUGAACCACAUCAGUUUAUGUUCAAACACAAAUUAAUAUAUUUGUUAAAAAAAACUAUAACAUUUAAAACCAAGAUCUAAACAGCAUCAGUCACUGACAUUGUGCCUUUUGAAGACAAACAGUUCAUUCAUCACUGAGAUAAACUCAGCGAUUAUCAAUGUCCCAGUAUGUGAAAUGUGUCUAUAAAUAAAUUACAGAGUCAGAGCA